AUGGAGACCUCGAAAGAACACCUCUCUGACACCGUUGCCGCUGCCCCGUACAGCCACAGGCCCCCGAGCCCCCCCUAUAUCCCAAUUCCCCUGACAUAUCCAAAGGGACCUGCUGCAGCCACCAUCGUUCCCUCAUUCGACAAUGUAGACGCAAUGCGGUUGACGAGCGAGGAUCUCAGAAUCAUCACUCGAAACAAAAGCCAGACGGCUACCGACAGAUCAGUAGGAUGGAGCUACGAAUCCCGCCGCAAGGCCCAGUCAAUCUUGGAUUUCCUCUACCUCGGUCCCUUGUCUGUUGCCCGCGACGAGGCUUGGCUUGCCAAGGAGGGCAUCACCAUGAUCAUAGUGACGCGUCAUUCCAGAGUCGCCCAAGCGAGGCUAAUGAGCGUGGAUAAGGUCGCGCAGAAGCUGGGCAUAGGAGUCGAGUACCUGGAUGUCCAAGACAAUGCCGAACUGAUCCGUGGCUUCCCCGAGGUUGUGGCAAAGAUCAACGGGCACCUUCUCGAUGUCUACCGUAGUCAGGCAAUGCCCAUGCAGGAGGGCCAAAUGAUCAUUGACAACGACAGCUUCAAGAGCGGAAAGGUUCUACUUGUUUGCGAGACAGGAAACGACCGGUCAACUUUCGUCGCUGCAGCGUACAUCAUGAAUAUGUACGGGAAAGACAUGAUUUCGACAGUCCAAUUCAUCUCGAUCCAGAGAUUCUCCGCCAACUUUGACGAGGACGGAAAGAGAAUGCUGCAAGCAUAUGAGGACAUACUCAACGCCCAGAGAAGUGUUUCCAUUGCGACAAGAGACAUUCCCCGGGCUGGUCAUUUCAACGGCCCUAGCGGCCGAGGCAAGCGAGGAAUCGAGUCGACAUUCAAUGAGGACGACAUGCUGGUGGGUGAUGGUUAUGCGACUUUCACCGCAGAUCGAGAACGCUACCAAGACAGGGGCAGAUUUGCUCCCUUCGUUGAUCGUGGCUCAGCGACUUAG